GCUUGAUUGAUUAUCCAAUCAGGUCAUUGAGGGGGCAGAUUCCCCCGGUCAACCUGUGGGGUCGGUGCCAGGGAGCAGGUGCCAGUGGAGUGGGUCACCGUCUAUUUCCUGGAGACACACACCUCUGUCGACUACAUUUAAUCCCUUGUUGGUGGAAUCUGAAGUUGAGUAAAUGGAUCCAAACAAGCCAGACUUUCAUGGCAUGACGGGUGUUCCUUGGCUGGGGCGUGGAAGAGGACUACAGCCAGAGGAGCUGCUUCUGGGACGUAGCAGAGGGCUGCUGCUCCCAACAGAAGGUCCUGGUGCAGGACGAGCCAGAGGCUUCCCCAUUCCUAGCAAUGCCCCACAAGGUCGAGGCGUAAAUGUACUCAUUACUGAACCUGGGCUUGGAAGAGCAAGGGGACUGCUGGGGCAGUCUGAUGAUGGAGGAUUUGGACGAGCCAGAGGACUGCUCCUCCCAACAGCUGAACACAAGGUAGGACUGGCGAGAGGCAGUAUCCUGCCUAGUCUGCAGCCACAGCAUGGACCAACACCCCCACCAUCGCCGCGCCUUAUAGAAGAGACCUUGACUUUGCGAGCAAAAGAGGUCGACAUGCCCACCCAUGGUCAAGGAUCAACGUUGAUCUCCAUGUUUAGAGGAAUGGGCAUUGAGCCCUCCCUGACUUCAUGGGGAAGAGGAGCACUACCAGUUGUUGGAAGAGGAGCAACUGGAGAUAUGGAAGAGUUGAAGCUGCACGAUGCUCCAGCUGGUCUCAGUAGCCCAGAGAGUGUUGGCCAGCCUGAAGAGGUGAUUGGAAGAGGACACAGUUUCCUUGGACGAAAUUUGCCGCCACACACUAUGGUUGGGCUUGGAAGAGCAGCGAUGCCCCAGCUUGGAGUAGGAAGAGGACGUCCCUUACUUCCUUCUUUCCCUCCAGGUCGUGUCGAGCCGGUUUCUGUUGCAUCUGAACCACAACUGGCCCUACACUCUCAGCCGUCCCAUGCAGCCGUGCCCCCUGUGCCCUCCACCCAUGGUGUCCUCGAGCUUUCUUCUUUUGCACCAGCAACAAAACAGCUGAAAAUGGAGUUAGUCCCUGAGCCACUAAUUAAGGCUGGAACAAAAGGAGCUCCAAUAACGAUUGGCUCAAACCACAUCUCAAUUCGCUGCGAGAAUGAAGCUGUUUAUCAGUACCACGUCACAUUCACUCCGAAUGUUGAAUCAAUGUCGAUGCGUUUCGGCAUGUUGAAAGAUCACCGCCCAACCACAGGGGACGUAGUGGCUUUUGAUGGAUCCAUACUGUACCUGCCUGUAAAGCUGGAUAACGUGGUUGUCCUCAAGAGUGUGAGACGGACUGAUGAUGAGGAAAUACAAAUACGAAUCCAGAUGACGAAGAUUCUGCCUCCCAACUCAGAUCUAUGCAUCCCUUUCUACAAUGUGGUGCUCAGGAGGGUAAUGAAAAUAGUUGGACUGAAGUUGGUGGGCAGAAAUCAUUACGAUCCAGAGAGCGCAGUCAUUCUCGCCAAACAUCGGCUUCAAGUGUGGCCAGGCUAUUCAACAUGCAUCAAGCGGACAGAUGGAGGCCUGUUCCUGUGUGUGGAUAUAUCUCACAAAGUCUUGCGGAAUGACUCUGUGCUGGAUGUCAUGAACAUGUUGUACCAACAGAGCAGGGAGAACUUCCAAGACGAGUGCACCAAAGAACUGAUCGGCACCAUUGUCAUCACCCGCUACAACAACCGCACCUACCGCAUUGAUGACAUUGAGUGGAGCAAGUCGCCUAAAGAUACGUUCACUUUGAUGGAUGGCACAAAAACCACGUUUGUGGAAUACUACAGCAAGAACUACGGGAUCACAAUCAAUGAGAUGGAUCAACCCCUACUCAUGCAUCGACCAAAGGAGCGGUCCAAGCCCGGAGGAAAGCAAAUCAUUACUGGAGAGAUCCUUUUAGUGCCAGAGCUUUCCUUCAUGACAGGAAUCCCUGACAAAAUGAGGAAGGAUUUCCGAGCUAUGAAGGACCUGACCAUUCACAUCAACGUGAGCAGUGAGCAGCACACCCACUCAAUAAAACAGCUUCUAAAGAACGUCAGCACUAAUCCUGAGAGUCAGAAGGAGCUCAGCCGAUGGGGACUCGAGAUUGACUCCAAAAUCUUAGUGUUCAAAGGUAGAACUCUGCCUCUUGAAACCAUCUGCCUGAAGUCUUCGUCUUUCACCACGGGUGCUGAUGUUUCCUGGUCCAGAGAGAUUGUCAGGGAUCCCUCAAUCAGUUCUAUCCCCUUGAACAUCUGGGCCAUCUUCUACCCCCGGCGCUGUGCCGAGCAGGCUGAGGAGCUGGUCUCCACUUUUAAAAAGGUGGCCGGGCCUAUUGGGAUGCGACUGGAACGACCCAUUUGUGUGGAGCUGAAGGAUGAUCGCACUGAGAGUUACGUCAAGAGCAUCCAUUGUCAGCUCACCAGUGAACCCAACAUGCAGCUAGUAGUUUGUAUCAUGGUCGGCAACAGAGACGAUCUGUACAGUGCCAUAAAAAAGCUCUGCUGCAUUAAAAGUCCCAUCCCAUCCCAGGCCAUCAACAUUCGGACAAUUUCCCAGCAACAGAAGCUGAAGAGCGUUGCCCAAAAGAUACUCCUGCAGAUGAACAGCAAGUUAGGAGGAGAGCUGUGGACCGUCAACAUUCCUCUGAAAAACCUGAUGGUUGUUGGAGUUGAUGUCCACCAUGACACCAGCAAGAAACAUCAGUCAAUCAUGGGCUUUGUUGCAAGUGUGAACAGCUCAAUGACCCGCUGGUACUCAAGAGUCACUUUCCAGUCACCCACUGAGGAACUGAUAAAGGGUUUCAGAGUUUGCUUACUGGCUGCAUUGCAGAAGUACUACGAGGUGAACCACAACUUGCCAGAGAAGAUUGUUGUGUACCGGGAUGGUGUGUCAGAUGGCCAGCUGAAGACCGUGGAGCAGUACGAGAUCCCACAGCUAAUCAAAUGCUUUGAGAACUUCCCCAGCUAUGAGCCCAAGCUAGUCUUCAUUGUGGUGCAAAAGCGCAUCAGCACCACCCUGUACUCCUGCGCUUCAAACAAUUUUGGCACUCCUCCACCUGGGACUAUUGUUGAUCACACCCUCACUCACUCAGACAGGGUGGACUUCUAUCUGAUGGCACAUCACAUUCGCCAGGGCUGUGGACUUCCAACACACUACAUCGCUUUGUACAACACAGCGAACCUCUCACCAGACCAUUUGCAAAGGCUGACUUUCAAGAUGUGCCAUUUGUACUGGAACUGGCCAGGCACCAUUCGUGUUCCAGCACCAUGCAAGUACGCCCACAAACUGGCUUUCCUAUCUGGCCAGUGCCUGCACUCGGAGCCAGCCAUCCAGCUAUCAGACAAGCUCUUCUUCCUUUGAGGUGUACCAGUCAGUGCCACAAACAAACUUCUCAAGUUACAGCAAAACCAGCCAUGAAGAGAGACAGUAUGGAAAGAAGAGAAUGACAUCAACUCAAUUGUAUUCAUGAGGGAUUCAUUAUGGACAUGUGGUACUUAAAUCUUUAAAAUUUGGAUAGUAGAUUGUUCACAGGCUUUAUCAGAUGUCUCCCACGUUAGCAGGAAAAAUGUUUAAAGCCAGUCUAUGUAUAGAAGUGUAGUGUAGAAUUGUUUUUUUUAUACAGAUUUAAUCCAACGGUUUGGGACAGUUUGAUAUUUUUAUUUGUGUUUUAAGCAUUAUAAUGUCAUGGCUGCAUUUCGAGUUACUUGGGAUUAUACUGUAGUUUAUUUUUAUGCCCAUUUCACCCACUGGUUGGAGAGUUUAGUGGAGAUAGUUUAUUUACAUUUUAAGCAUUAUAUUACUGUGACUGCACAUUUACUGCAAGUGUUUGGUUUGUUCUUGUCAUUAAAGUCACUUAUUGUGCAGUUGAGUGACUUUUCACCAGAAACAGACGUUGUUCGGACACGGCUAUUCUCAGUACAACUUCAGACACAUUUUCAACAAAAUACGAAUACGAGCUCUCUUGGUGCUACUUUGUUUCAAUAAACAUCUUUCCUUUUUA